UCAGGGGCCCAAAGACAUGAAGUGGCCUUAAUGAAUGGGCUAACCGUUAACUUACACCUCCAGAUGCUCUCUUUCUUUAAGCCUACUCCAAGACGUUGUAAAAUUUUUCUAGAAGCCAGAGCCUUUCCCUCUGACCAUUACGCUAUUGAGUCCCAACUUCGACUUCACGGGCUUGACGUGGAGAAGUGCAUGCUCAUGAUCCAGCCACGGGAGGGGGAGGAGACCUUGAGGACUGAAGAUAUCCUUGCUGUAAUUGAGAAGGAAGGGGACUCCAUCGCUGUCAUUCUGUUCAGUGGGGUGCAGUACUACACGGGACAGUUGUUUGACAUCCCGAGAAUAACAAAGGCUGGCCAAGAAAAGGGUUGCUUUGUUGGAUUUGACCUGGCUCAUGCUGUUGGGAACGUAGAACUUCAUUUGCAUGACUGGGGAGUAGAUUUUGCUUGCUGGUGCUCUUACAAGUAUUUAAAUUCUGGAGCAGGAGGCCUUGCCGCUGCCUACAUUCAUGAGAAGCAUUCCCGGAGUAUCAAACCAGCGCUAAUUGGCUGGUGGGGUCAUGACUUCAAGACACGAUUCCUCAUGGAAAACAAAUUACAACUAAGUGAAGGAAUUAAUGGAUUUCGGUUAUCGAAUCCUCCAAUUUUACUGGUCUGUGCUUUGCAAGCUAGCUUAGAGGUUUUUGGUCAAACUACAAUGAAAGCAUUGAGGAGGAAAUCUGUUCUACUCACUGGUUACUUGGAAUACCUGAUCAAGCAUUACUACAGUGAGGAUAAAACAAAUCCAGAGAAGCCCUUUGUAAAAAUAAUCACGCCAUCUCAGGUCGAGGAAAGAGGCUGCCAACUCACCCUAUCUUUUUCCCUUCCAAUCAAAUCUGUGUUUAAAGAGCUGGAGAAGAGAGGAGUAGCUUGUGACAUGCGAGAACCGAAUGCUCUUCGCGUUGCCCCGGUUCCUCUCUACAAUUCUUUCCGUGAUGUGCACAGAUUUAUUGAAAUCUUGGGAUCUGCAAUUACAUCUUCAAAACAAACAGCAAACAAUACUCCGCUAUCUGCUUCUUAUUGAUGGCUCAGCUGUAUCUUUUAAUCUAUUUCUGACUAAGAUGCAUUUAUCCCGCUGAGCAAUUCUUUGCUUCGAGUAGACUGAGCUAUAUCCUAUGCAAUUUGCAAAAAAAAUGACUGUGCUUGAAUAGUUAUUUACAACAGACAUAGUUUUAUUAAAGCUCAUAUUUCC